GGCAUGCGUCACAGGGAAGGCGGAGGAGGGGACGGGGUUAUGGCGGAGGUCGCGGCAGCCCCGGGCGAGCCCGAGCCCGAGGCCAAGGCGCUGAGCGCGGGGGAGUACGCGCGGCGCGUGCACCAGUGGCUCUGGGACUCGUACUGCGGCUACUGGAGCUGGCAGAGCAGCCUCCCCGCGCUGCUGGCCGCCGCCCCCGCCCCCUCCGGCAGCCCCGGCCCGCCCGCCGCCGGCUGCCCCCCGCCGCCCGCCUACUACGGCCCCUGCUACCUCCUCGCCGCCCCCGCCGCGCCGGGGCCCCGCGCGCCGCCCGCCUGGCCGGCAGCCGCCCGCCUGGCCGCGGUGCCCAGGCCCGGCCCCGCCGCCAGCAGCGCCCCGAGGGAGCGGGCGGCCGGCAGGUCGGGAAUACAUUAUCCCUCCUUGGCACACAGGUUAGCAGAGAUGGUGGAUUUCUUUAUUCUUUUUAUAAAGGCAACCAUUGUCUUAAGUAUUAUGCAUCUCAGGAAUAAAAAGGACAUUUCCAAGUUUGCUAUGCACUAUAUAAUAGAAGAAAUAGAUGAAGACACAUCUAUGGAAGACUUGCAGAAAAUGAUGGUAGUGGCCCUUAUCUACAGGUUGUUAGUCUGCUUCUAUGAGAUUAUCUGUAUUUGGGGAGCUGGUGGGGCAACCCCAGGGAAGUUUCUGCUUGGACUUCGAGUUGUGACAUGUGAUACAUCUGUACUUAUUGCACCAAAUCGUGUGUUAGUGAUUCCAUCCUCUAAUGUUAGCAUAACAACGUCUACAAUACGAGCCUUGAUCAAGAAUUUUUCUAUUGCUUCCUUUUUUCCUGCAUUCAUUACACUGCUAUUUUUUCAGCAUAACAGAACAGCCUAUGACAUUGUAGCAGGAACUAUUGUGGUAAGAAGAAAUGGAGUCAGAUGAUGCCAAAAGAAGCCCAGAUUACCAAACUUUUUUUAACUCCUAAAAAACAAAGUAAAGAAGACAUCAGUAUUGCUUGCCCAAACUAACUGGAGACAGAUUCGGAUGUUAAACAAUGAGUCAUUCCAGUAUGGUGGCAAUGAUUAUCUUGAAAGUAUUGAUUUUUCUUAAAUGCCAAAGAGGUUUCAGAGAAAUAGUACUUAUUCAGUUUGGGAAGUAUUAACAUUAGAUUGACAGGAAGGAAACUACUUGUAUUUAUCCAUAAAGGACAGUGUAUCUCAGUCUCCAGAAGGGAGAUGCCUGGAAAUAUUGCCAUCCUAAGAAGUACUAGUUCUACAACUUGAUUAUUUUAUGGCAAAAAUAAGCUGGAGAAUGUAGUUGUUGUCUAUGUUGAUGUUUACAAAACACAUUACAGAAACUAUCCCUUAGAGGGGAUUGCAGUGUUUCUUUGGGGGAUGGAGGCAAAAAUAUAGCUAAUGUUUCCAUUAAACCGAUGCAUUGUGUGGUGGCUGGGUAUUAUCAACCCCUAAAAGACUUAAUGAACUCCUUCACUUCAAGAAUUGUAUUCCUUUACCACUUUUUAAAUGUCUUAUCUAAACAUGUAUUGUGGCAGGUUUUUUUGCAUGAUUGUGUUAAACAUUAAGUCACUUGCUAUUUACCUCUGUCCUAAUGAAGAGGUAAACUAAGUUACUACUACUUUGUGGGAAGAAUAAGUUACUGUGGUAUUUGUGAAUUAGGUUUGUGUAAAUACCUUCAGAGCUAUAAUGUUAACAUAGUAACAAACAAAAGGUGAAAAUGGUUGCUUCUGUUUGUAGGGGAUGGAAAGUUUUUACUUCCCUCAAAUUGUUGCAGAUAGACUAUGUAAACUGAUGGAUGGAGUUUAUAUGUAGCAUGUAGAAAUAUCAACCAGAACGUAAAUUAUGGCUAACUUUAUAGAUAAAUUCAAAAAUUGGUUUUCACUUUAUAUUUUAAAAUUCUGCGUAGUCACUGCUAUAUGCAGAAUAACUUGGAUACCUACUGAUGAAUAAAGAAGCCUAAUAUUUUGCAUGAUUACAUAGCUUUAACUUUUUAUGGUUUAUUCUUCAUGUAAUAUUGAUUGGGAUAGAGCUUCUGAAGAACAAUGCCAACUUUCUGUUAAAAGCUUGAUUAAUCGUGUCAAGUUUUUUUUUUUUUUUUUUUUUUUAAAUGAAUUGGAAUUCCACAUUGCUGUCGGUAGUUGGCUUAGGACUAAAUAUUGACGAGUGGUUGCAGCAGUUACUCUUGACUGUCAUCUACUUUGUGCAAGAGGGUGUUGUGGGAGGGUAUUUUAAAAUGUGCAAUUUAAACAUAGAACAAGCACUUCUACUGUUAAUGAAAUAAUUUAGGAAGGUGAGUGCCACUAUCAACUUCAUAAUAGUUUAGCAUUUUAAACGAGUGUGUUUGGUGUAUCAUUAGGGCUAAGUAUUGAAGUGUUCCUGAGGGAGUAUUCUGAUCUAAGGAAGCAUGAAGCUGUACAAAUUUUCACUACAGUGGUGUUUAAUCUGCUUUUUGGUUACUACUUGCAAAAGGUUGAAUACGUCUGCUCUACAGGGAUGUAUAUUCAUUUGCAUGAUUAGAUUCCCCCUCUCCCCCACCCUGGAGUCAGCUCACUGCUUCUUGUAAACUUUGUUUCCACUUACACGUUGUAAUUUUUAAGUAUUGCCUACUAACUGCAGAUCAGAUUAAAACUGCCAAUUUCUUAAACUGCAGAGCCACUGUUUGAAAUCUGAACCUCCGCUAAUACUCAUUCCUAGAACUAAUGAAGUCAAACAUGGAGUUCAGCCACAGUACAAAUACAGCCAUAUUCUACUUUCUGGUUUCACUGUGUGGUAGGGCAGCAGGUUUCACCAACACAUUGUGUGUAGUGUACUCCCUCCCCUUCCCUUAGUAAGCGGUUCCUGUUCUGCACAUGCUGUAAGGGGAACUAUUUGGAUACAAUACUAGCAUGAAUAGGUUAAUCUACACCACAACCUUAAAUAGCUGAGUUAGUCAUACUAGUAUAGUUAAAGGAUUUUGGGAGAAUGACAGUAACGGUGAAUAUGAACUACUGCUAGAUAGAGAUGAUUGGUUAACUCUGCUUAAGCCAUUCCUUUUCAGUACAGAUAUUGCAGGGGAGGGCAAACUACAGCCUGUGGGCUGGAUCCAGCCCACAGGAUUGCCAGCCCUGUGGCGCAGCAAGGCUAAGGCAGCCUUCUAGCCUGCCCUGGCCCUGCGAUGCUCCCAGAAGCAGCUAGCACCACAUCCCUGUGGCCCCUUGGAGGGGUGCUCUGUGUGCUGCCCUCACCUGCAAGCACCGCCCCCUGCAACUCCCAUUGGCUGGGAAUGGGGAACAGGAGCUUUGGGAGUGGUACCCACAGGCCUGAGCCCCCAACCCUCUGCCCUGAUCCCCUUUCUGUACACCACACCCCCUCCUGCCCCACAUUCAAGGCCCUGCAUACAAUUUCCCCACCCAGAUGUGGCCCUCAGGCCAAAAAAUUUUGCCCAUCCCUGAGAUAUGGGUGGCUAUUUGACUGAUGGGCAACCUUCUGCUUGUAUCUAAAGUCAGGACACUGACCAAACCUUUUUCAGCUGGAGACUCAGAUUCCAAACCUAGACCCAUCAUCAAUUAGACAUCUUUUAUUUGUAUUAAAAGAGCACCUCUCCCUCUGCCUCUCCAAAUUAUGAUGGCAAAAAUUGUGUGAUGUCAUUUUGUGAUAACUAUAGCAUAACUUGGUCACAAGAUGACAAAAUUAUGAUGUACAAACAGUCCAAUGAUCCCUGUCCAAAGAAAUUACAAUUGAAGAAAAGAUUUAAAGUAGUGGGUUUAUUUUACAUUAUAGUCAUUGCAAACAACUGGAGCUAGGCUUACUAUUUUAGGGAAGAAAUCAUUAGUACUAAAAGGAGCCACCUUUGCAAGGUGUAUUUGCACAUACUUUUCCUUCAAAAAUGUAAAUUUGAUAAUUGUACAGUUAAUAAAUAACAGUAAGGUAAAAUAUCAUUCCACUGCUAGACAGAAUAUAACUUCCCAUUUAAUCCUUAGUCACUGAAGCUGUAAUGUCUAUCACCCCAAACUCUUGGGGGAAUGUCUUAUAGGUGUGGCUCAAGCUUAAUUGUACCAGCAUAAAAUUGUUCUAAUGAUGUAUGGGUCAUCUUCUGGAAGACAUGCAUUUUUGAACUCUUAAGAUUAGUUCUAACCUUUAAAACUAACACCCAAAUCUGAUUUCUGAAAGGCUCAUAGCAUUCUAAACAGGAAUCUAGUUUCUGCUAUAUAAAUGAAUUCAUUCUCUGUAUCACAAAGUAACCUGCAGCCUUCUAUCAGUUGCCUAUAGAUGAUACUUUGUCUGUUGCACCAUAGUGAAGUUGUACUAGAGCAAAACUUCAGAGACUGUAGAAUCAAGAGAAAAAACUUGACAUCUGGUGUUGAGGUUCUGCUCUUAAGUGCUCAAGAUGUCAGUCAUAUGACCAGAUUUAUGGUGAAUUGUUGCAGUUAACUGUUUACUUUCUCUUGUUUUAUAUAUUUAAUCUUAUCUCAAAUAAAAGUUUGUUUUUACAAAGUACUUGAAUUCAAA